AACACCUCAUUGUAAGGAGCAAAUCAAAUGUUAGGGUUAAAUUGAAACGAAUAGAAUACGAUUGGAAAAUUUUAAUUGUACGGAACAAAUAUCGUAAAGAAGUAAAGCUAAGUCUAAGAACGUCGAUGAUUUUAAGAAAUUGUAGAAGUGGAUCAUGUUCCAUUUCAUAGUAAUGAGUAAAGCAUUGUGUUACUAGGUAUAUCCUUAUAAGUUAUACACAUAAAACCCAGGUAUUGAGGUUAAUUAUACAUCAAGGACUUAAAAUGUCUCUCAACUGUUUUAUUUGAAAUGAAAUAAUCAUUGUACAACAAUGAAAAGACUUGUAUAAGAAGAAUUUUAUGGGUAUUGCCUUAAUGCAUGAAAGAACUGCUGAAGGUUCAUAAGUUGGUGCUUUUAAGUUUAAUUCAUUUUUUGACUUAAGGUGAUCCUGUUGUCAUUCAGUGGUUGUCAUGAGAAAGAGAAAACGUAGAGAACUUCAGGACACACUAGCUCAGAAUAUGAAGUCAAAAUAUUCCAAGAUAAAAUAUCAUCAGUACUUAAAGCAAGAAAAGCUGAAUUAAUGGAAGUGAAAAGUUUAAUACACAUCGGUUAUCAGAAUAUGACUGCAUAAAAAUGACAGUGAAAUAUAAGCUUUCAUUCAUCUGCCCUUGAUUCAUCAUUUGAAUGUAAAUACUUACCAUGAGGGCUCAUGUUGCUUUUAUGUUUUGUGAAAAAAGAAAAGCACAGCCUAUCUGUAGAUCUGAAUCUGUUGAAGAUGUAAUGGAUAAAGAUGUAUCAUUUGAACAAGACAUGGAGUUCUUGAGCCCUAGAAAUGUGGAUGUAUCAUUUGAACAAGACAUGGAGAUCUUGAGCCCUAGAAAUGUGGAUGUAUCAUUUGAACAAGACAUGGAGUUCUUGAGCCCUAGAAAUGUGGAUGUAUCAUUUGAACAAGACAUGGAGAUCUUGAGCCCUAGAAAUGUGGAUGUAUCAUUUGAACAAGACAUGGAGUUCUUGAGCCCUAGAAAUGUGGAUGUAUCAUUUGAACAAGACAUGGAGAUCUUGAGCCCUAGAAAUGUGGAUGUAUCAUUUGAACAAGACAUGGAGUUCUUGAGCCCUAGAAAUGUGGAUGUAUCAUUUGAACAAGACAUGGAGAUCUUGAGCCCUAGAAAUGUGGAUGUAUCAUUUGAACAAGACAUGGAGUUCUUGAGCCCUAGAAAUGUGGAUGUGUCAUUUGAACAAGACAUGGAGUUCUUGAGCCCUAGAAAUGUGGAAGAAAAGCGAUUUCGAUGUACAAUGUGUGAAUCCAAUUUCACCUAUCAGUCAGCUCUGAAGCGUCAUGAGAGAUUUCAACAUGCUGAAAAUGUGUGGAAGAGCUGUCCUAUUUGUGGAGCUUCUUACCGACGGCCUGACAAUCUCACUUCUCACCUGAGAUUACAGCAUGGAGUUUUUUCUAAAUACAAUCGAUCCAGUUCUAUAAUUGAUUAGUUCAGUUUACAGAUAUGAUUUGUUUGUUUCUCAAAAAAUGGUUGUGUUGAAUUUUUAAUCAUUAUGGACUAAGUUAUUUUUGCUAAAGUGUGCAGUAUGCUACAUGUGUAUAUUGAAGUAUGUGAAAGUGUGCAAUAUGUGCUACGUGUGUAUUAAAAUCUGUGAAAGUGUGCCAUAUGUGCUACAUGUGUGUAUUGAAAUCUGUGAAAGUGUGCCAUAUGUGCUACGUGUGUGUAUUGAAAUCUGUGAAAGUGUGCCAUAUGUGCUACAUGUGUGUAUUGAAAUCUGUGAAAGUGUGCCGUAUGUGCUACAUGUGUGUACUGAAAUCUGUGAAAGUGUGCCGUAUGUGCGACAUGUGCGUAUUAAAAUCUGUGAAAGUGUGCAGUAUGUGCUACAUGUGUAUUAAAAGUUGUGAAAGUGUGCAGUAUGUGCUACACGUGUGUAUUAAAAUAUGUGAAAGUGUGCUGUAUGUGCUACACAUGUUUUUUAAAAUCUGUGAACGUCUGCCAUAUGUGCUACAUGUGUGUGUAUUAAAAGUUGUGCAUCAAAUGCUGUUGGUAAUCCUACAAAAAGUUGUGAUUGUAAAGGUAUUCAGAAAGUGUUUUAAGUCUGUUAUGACAGCUCUAACCUGUCGGGGGGGGGGGGGGAGAAAGGAUAUGCAAGAGAAGUGUUAAAUAAAGUUUGCAUAUUUUGUAACCCAGCUGCUCGUCACCACAAUCUUUAUGUUGCAGCUAAUAUAUUACUGGUAUUGUUAUCAGUCUGGAACAGAUGAUGAAAAAAAUAACAUUGUCUCUACUUAUGGUACAUAUCUUGUGCUCUUAGCAGCGUACAAGUUUCCUUCAUUUGUAUAAAUAUGAUUUUAAUUACAGUUCAGAGAAAGAUAUGUAUUUCAGCUUGUUUUAUUGUAACAAUUAUCAUAGCCUAAAAUGAUCAUAAUAUUAAGCAGUGCUGUGCGUGAAUGAUAAAUAUAUAUUCUAAUUGGGCAAAGAAUUAUUUUCAUCCGAUCAGAAAGUGUGAUUAGACUCGACAGCUGGACUUGGGGUUAUGUUCAUCAUGCCAUUUUUUGAUAUAAUUUUUGACUAUGUCUUAUUCUAAUACACAUGUAUUAUUGAAUAUCGUUAAGAGAUUGACAUAAUUAAAAUCAUUAUUACCUAUUGUGAUGCCUUUUCACACCUGACACCCCCGUUGAUAAAUGUUUUUAUGGUAUUCUUUCUUUGAUGUUUUUGUGGAACUUCUGUACCGUUUAUUAUAAAAAUGAAAGUUUUUUUUUGUGUUUAAUUAUAUUUUUUAUUAAAGUAACAGUGUUUUAUAGAUAAAAAUACAUUUUAAAAACUUUUAACUUCUCUGUGUUAAUCUUUUAUUUGUUGAAGAAGAAAUUACUGAUAGAAUAUUAUUUGUAGGACUUACACUUGUGAUUGGAGAACAAAUAAAUUUUGAUACCUAGGUUCUUGUAUUUCAUUUCUUGUACGUUCACUGCCAACCUGAUGAAUUAAUAACAAUUAAUUACUAAGACUUUUUAGAAAGAAAUCAAGAAGAUGUGUAGUUGUGUCAGUUUCAAGUUACAAAAUUGGAAGAAUACUAAAUUGCAAAAUGGAACAGAAAUAAAAUGUUUUAAAUCAUUAGAAAUUCUGUGUAAAGUCAAACGCUGAUCCUUUUUGCAUGUUACAAGAUUAGGAUGGUAAAUUUUUUUAUUUGAAGUUUUUCUUUCCAUUUGUUUUCCACAACUUUCUCUAUACCGUUUAUAAAACUGUGUUAAAACUAGCAGUGGCAUGACUUUAAUCACAUUUCAGAAAUGUUAGAUACUGUGUGGGCAGCCCAAUGGCCGUGUGUGGCCAUUUUGAAAAAAAUGUGUGGUCAAUUCACAGAAUCAUCGAUAGUUUUUUUUUUUUUAGCUGGUCAGAGAAAAUGAACACUAAAUGUCUCAUUGAAAUUUUUUUGUACUUUUGCGUUGUGUUUAUAAUUGAACUUGACAGUCUUUAGAAUCCUGAAAUAUAUUUAUUUAGCAAACAUUUUCUGUUUUAAUAGGAGUGUGACCAUUUCUGUGAUCGACUGGCCACAUCCAUGGGCAGGAAAAAAAUUUGGUUGCCCACCCAUGCGUUAGGCUAACAGAAUCCUUGAAUACGUUUGUCUUGUGUAUGUAUGUAUAUGACUGAAAUCUUACAAAAUAAAGGUAGAGACAAAAGAAAGAAGAAUAUGGUAUUUUUCUUGUCAUUUUUAUUUUAAAGUGCAAUGCUCUUUUGUAGAAAAGCACUUUCAGAUUUAAAUUGAUUAAUUUUAUUUUACAUAAAAGAAUUAUUACUUUGAUGUGACUUUCAAAGUUCCAUCACAUUUUCAUAUUAAAAGCUAGGACACUAUUAAUUCAAGCUUAGUUUUGUGAUUCCGAUGGCAAGAAACUUGAAGAUUUAGAGCUGAAGGUACUUCUUGUUUGUAUUUGUAAACUGACAGAAGAAAUGUAAUAUAAGAACAACACAAAUUUUUUGUCUGGCACUGUUAUGGCAGUAGGAUCUGUAAACAUUUAUUUGUCUGGUACUGUUGUUGGCAGUAGGAUCUGUAACACCAUGCUGUCUAGUACUAAUUUUUCUUGUGGUGUGUCUGCUAUAUAUAGCUGCGGUAUGAUGGUUGCUGAAACUUAUAAGUGAUUUGAUGUAAUUACUUUGUUGCUUUGGGCGUAGUUUGAUUCUUUAGGUCAGUAGAUGAAAAUGAAUGUUUUAAUUUUUAAGUAUGUGUAGUGAACAAUUGUCAUCACUGACUGAAAAAGUGUUUUUAUUCCCAACUUUCUUUGGAAAAGGUUCAGAACAGUGGAUUGCUGCAACAUGAUGUUUUGAUCCAAACUGUAUUAUAUUCCACUUGGAUUGACAUAGAACUUUGCUUUUAUACACGGUCAUAUUUGUAAUGAAAGAGGUUUCUUGUUAAACACUAAAACGAUUAAGGUAAAAUAAAAAAAGAAAAUUAAAUCAUUAGUCAGUAAGUAGGAUGACCAGAUGUCCCGGUUUUGGUAGACAGUCCCAUUGUUUAAUAGUUUGUACCAAUGUCUCAAGAAAAUUUGGGAAGCACAAAAUGUCCCAGCUUCAUGAUAAAGAUAUCAAAUUGUCAGUCACAUCGAAUCACGAAUGUGAUAGGCCUACUUUACU